GCAGGAAGACAAGGGGGGGAGCGGCCGGGAAUGAGAGCGUCCCUCCACUCCUCCAAAGAGGCAGAUCAGUGGGGAGCAGCUGCAGCUGUCCAUCCCCCUGAGAAGGCUGCCAGCGGUGAGUCUAUCCCCACGCUGGAGAACCAAACUUUGAACGGGGAGAAGUGACCCAGGGCAGCACCGUGGUCCCCGUGAGUGGAGGGUUUAGGGUCUCAGCCCCCUCCACUGGCAAGGGACUAGCGUCCCUGUCUUAGGGCCCUGGGUCAGGGCUCGGAGAGAGGGAGGGCCAGAGCCCCCUCCCCGAUCCCCAGCAAGUAUGCGAGUCAGAUUAGGAUUGCGCCUAGUUAUACAUAGUAAUUGGAGCGGCCUCGUGGGGAGAACCCCAGAUGUGGGACAGCUUCCCACCUGAACUUGGGGUGGGUCACGGUAAAAGGGUAACACGUGGUGGAGAAUGUGGAUAUCAUCCUAGCCCCGUUUAUGGGGCCGACAAGAAAAGGGGGGGGCCAUAGUAGAGCCCGCCCCGAAUAAUAAAUUGCUGAUUCCCUAAGCAGAAAUGGAGAUGAACAAAGUACUUGAAUGACUGGUGGAGAACCAGAAACAAUUACAGCAGCAACAGACACAGGCGCUGCAACAAAUCCUGGCUAAGUUCCAGGAGCAACAAGGCCAGAUGGUCAAGGAGCUGCGAGAAGCCCUGACGGGGACAGGUGUCACGGGUAGUGGGUCCUCCUUACUGGGAAGUGAGGAAGGUACAGUGGGCAUACAACUACCGAUACGACUGACCAGUCUUGGACCCGAGGACGACCCCGAGGCCUUCCUCGUCACCUUUGAACGGGUCGGCCGCAAAAUGGCCGCAGGACCAUUGGGCGACACUCUUGGCCCCUUACCUGUCGGGUCUGGCUCAGCUGGCGUACCGGGGGAUGUCGGCGUGAGAUGCGCUAUGUUAUUACAAAGUAAAAGAAGCGAUCCUGGAUCAGCUCGGAGUCUCCCCCGAGACACACCGCCAGAGGUUGUUGGAAUCCAGAUACAACCCGGGAGAACGUCCCAGGGCGGUGGCCCAACAAGUCAAAGAGGCCGGGAUGAGGUGGCUGGAGCUGGAGAACAAGUCCGGAGUGCAGGUGGCAGAGACCAUAAUCCUGGAGCAGUAUGUAAAGAUCCUUCCCUCGGAGGGACAGCAGUGGGUACGGAGGCAUCUACCUGAGACCCUUGAAGAAGCGGUGACCCUGAUGGAGCACUUCCUUGUGGCCAAAGGGGUGGAAGCACCCAGACCUAGAAACACGCCGAAGGACAACCCUGCUGGGGGGCUCCUUCCACCCAGGACCGGGCCAAAGUCACAGAUGGGGUUUGGACAUAGGACCUCACUAAGGCAGACGCCUGAAAGGAGGCUAGCGCCCCGAUGGAGCCGUCCAGAGAGUCCGACACCCGGUACAGAGGGACAAAAUCAAGGAUCCGAGCGGAACCCGAAGCCCGAGACAGGAGCCAAAGGAGCCUGUUAUCAGUGCGGCCAGGAAGGGCACUUCAAGAAAGACUGUCCCCUCAUGGACUGCACCUUCGGCCAAGGGCCAACUUGGAAGGUAAAGGGGGGCAAAUGGGACCGUGCACAACUGAUACAUAUGAUAAGAGUGGAUGGCCACAGGGUGGAGGCGGUGCUAGAUUCGGGGUGCGGACAAACAAAGGUAAGGGCAGGCAUCCUUAGUCCCAAGAAGCCCCGGGGCCCGAGGGUAUAUAUGCGAUGUGUACAUGGCGACAUCCACCCUUACACUACAACUAAAGUAGAGAUUUACGAUGGGUGUGAACAAGGGACAUGUGAAGUGGCGGUAGCACCCCAGCUGGCAUACCCCGCGCUAUUAGGGCGGGAUUGGCUGGGGCUGGGCCACCUAUUAAGUAGCUGGGGACAGGAGCAAAUGGGCCUAGAGAGCGGAGAGCAAGAGGACCGGACCCUCGUGGCCCAUGGCGAGGAGGUGAGGGACCCACCAUCCGGAGCUGAACCCCAGGAAGAAGCCCGACCAACCUCACCCCACCUGGAACUCGACAAGGGUGAUUUCGUCACGCUACAAAGGGAGGACCCUACGCUACAAAACGCCUGGACACAGGUAGGGGAUGCAGAAGAAGGGGGGAGGCAAAGGGCCCAAGGCCCCCGGUUUGAAGUACGGCGAGACCGCCUAUUCCGUGUCACGCCCGGGGAGGGAGGAGCGGAAGAGAGGCACCAGUUGCUCGUGCCCAGACCCUAUCGCUGGAAAGUAUUGGAAUUAGCCCAUGACCACGCCUGGGCUGGCCACUUAGGGACUGAGAAGACACAACAAUGUGUCUUAUAACGAUUUUAUUGGCCCGGGGUGUAUAAGGACGUGAAAGAUUUUUGCACUUCCUGCCCGCAAUGCCAACAGACGUCCACAACAAGGGUACCCCCCGUGCCUCUCAUCCCCCUCCCGAUCGUGGGGACUCCAUUCAAACGUAUCACGUUGGACUUAGUGGGACCCCUGGAGAAAUCAAGUAGGGGGCAUUUAUACAUCUUGGUCAUCAUAGACUAUGCAACACGGUAUCCCGAGGCCAUACCUCUGAGGAAGGCUAACGUGGCGGUAAUAGCAGAGGAACUAGUGAAAUUAUUCUCCCGGGUGGGGUUACCCAAGGAAUUAUUGACAGAUCAAGGGACGAAUUUAACAUCUAAAGUAAUGACUGAGUUAUGCAGGAUCCUGCAGGUGCGGAGGCUCCGGACGUCCGUCUACCAUCCCCAAACGGAUGGACUCGUGGAGCGUUUUAAUCGAACUUUGAAGGGGAUGCUACGCAAGUUCAUCAUGG